AUCUGACAAACUGGGUUUCACAGACAAUUUAUGAAAGAUGCGUUUUGUCCCGAGUGAAGUAUUUUUCACUGUCUACAAUUUCAAAAUCGACCAAAAAUUGCGCUAAGCAUCUACUUAUACGAAAACGAGGUUGGAUAACACGUGAUAGUAUGGGCCCUCCUCCCCCCGCCAAGUUUGAAGGUUAACGUAAACAAGGCCGAUGAAGCACGUGGUCCGGUGACUUCGUUUCUGCCCGAACGGGGCCGUUCUGACGUCACUUUCAGUAAAAAAGGCAGAUGCAGACUGUUUCUUCCAGGAGUCAGCUGUGAGAGUGUUUUGGAGGCGGAAAAAAUAGGACGAUCUCGAGGCGAUCGAAUAAGCUGUGUUCUAAUGACUUCGUAGCUUAAAAACGUGAAUCCACACAUUAAAAAAAAAGCUUUGCUUUUUGGAACUUUUAACAAAGUACGUUGGCAUAUCAAAUAAAAAUUGAAGAGCUGUGUUUACUCGAAGAGAGAUGUAGUAUCUGAGAACUUUGUGGAAUUAGAAAAAAAAAACAAAACAAAAUACUCAUAUAUUAAUUUUUUAGAACAGCUGCACAUUUCAACUGAACAUUCAUAAAAUAAAUUUUACUGCUUUUGUUCAAAUUUCGAAGGUGAAGCUGUUAAGAACGAAAUUGAUUAUUAAAUCGUCAAAAAACUGAUAUGUUUUUUUUUUAAGAAGUUACAAAAGUGAAAAAAUAACAAAACAAUUGGAUAUUUUUGUUGAAGUUUAGUAUAAUGAGAUUCUUGCUAAUUGGUGUGAAUUGAGUUGUGAAAAAGUAAUAGAUCGAAGAUGUCUAGUUCAGAUCUGAACACUAGUCUUUUGUGGCAGACCCUCUCUAAGGACGUUUACACUCAUAACAGAAUAGAAAAGGGAUUCCCCCCAGAUGUCAUCUCGGAAGUCCAUGAGAGCAUGAUGGAAUCGCAACCCCUUCUGAUGUCUGCCAGCCAACAGACGAAAAAGGUGAAACAGAAAGAAGGUGCUAGCUGGCUGACGGCCUCUUUCUUGCUGGUGAACACUGCCCUGGGAGUUGGUAUCCUCAACUUCCCUGCUGCCUAUGACCAAGCGGGAGGCAUUUUCUAUGCAACGCUCAUACAAGGGAUCAUGGUGACACUGAUGCUGUCGACGAUGUUGAUCCUGGCCUAUUGUUCUGACCUGAAUGGCGAUAUGACGUACCACGACGUUCUGCUGUCCAUGUGCGGUAAGAAGGGACAGCAACUGGCCGCAGUCUCUAUCACCCUUACUCUUUACUGUGUCUGCAUCGCAACACUCAUCGUCAUUGGGGACCAGAUAGACAACCUGUUCUAUACCAUCUUCGGUCCUGGGUUCUGCGAACGCUUCUAUUUGCGUCGCACGUUUACCAUCUCUGUGAUAGCCAUCAUCUUUAUCCUGCCCACUUGUUUCUGCAAGAGGGUUGACUUUUUGGGAUAUAUAGGAUCUAUAGGUAUUUUCGCCAUGCUGUAUCCUGUGUUUUUAACUGUAUAUGGAUAUUUCAAAUUAUCUCCCAAAGAUGUUAUAAUUAAAACAAAACCGGAUGACUUGUCCGAAAUGUUUGCCAUGUUUCCUGUCCUAGGAUUAGGAUAUCAGUGCCAAGAAGUGGUAGUGCCUGUGUAUUCCUGUAUGCGGGAGCGCAAUCUCUGCAAUUUUGUCAAGUCCAGCGUGUUGUCGAUGGCAGUACUGUUCGUCUUAUACUCCAUAACGGGCUGUUUCGGCUACCUGACAUUCGGUUCCCACGUCGCCCACAACGUCAUGAAGAUGUACGACGCCGGUGAUGGCUUCGUUAUGGUGGGUGUGAUAGCACUCAUUGUUAAGAUGAUCGCUACCUACCCUAUCCUUGCACUCUGUGGAAGGGAUGCAGCUGCAGGUAUAUAUGCCGAGUUACGUGGUUUGAAACCAUCCGAGUUCGCAGCCACCGAGAGGACGCGUCGCUAUGUGGUAGCCGCACUGUGGUUCACAAGCUCCCUCCUCUUAGCCGUCCUCACUGAAAGCAUAGGGGUGGUCUUCAAAUAUCUCGGAUCUGUUGCGUCUGCCAAUAUUUUCGUCUACCCAGGUAUCUGUCUUUUUCAAAUGGUUAUGAAGCAGGAUCCUGACCUGCAACGAAGGAAGAGUCCGUAUCUAGUCGCCUAUUCCAUCUUCGUCACUGGCGUUGGCGCUUUUUGUGUCGGUGUUGUCCUUUUCGAAGCUAUCCUCAGUCGAGGCCCAGAAACCACCGUCAAUCUCUGCCAUCUACCUGUCAAUGGCACAAUUAACGCAAAUGCUGCUAAAUUAUAAGAUUAUUUGUAAUUGCUUCAGUAGAAAACUGUUCUUCGAGGAUCGUAUAUACAACCCACGGAUAUUUUAACUUGAAGUGCUUUGUGACUUUUCUUCAAUUGAAAGGAAAAUCUCUUGCCCGUACCUGAUAUACUUUUUAUGUAUGAUAGCGAUUUCAUGUUAUUAUAUUUUCUUGUAAAAAAGUGUUUAUGAACUGGCCGCUAUUGUGAUGAUACAAUUACUCAGAAGAUGGAUAGACAGGAGAAAUAAUAAUAUUGGAAAGAAAAAGAAAUACUAAAUAAUUGUAACAAAAGUGUUUUGAUAUAUUAGCCAGUCAACAGUAUCCAGAAAGAUGAAGGACCUUCCAGCCUUGGCAUCUGGGUUUUAUGAAGCUUUAUCAAACAACAGAUCUCUAAAGAGGUCACUGAUGAUUGAUCAGUCGCCUAUAAUCCACUUCAAAAAAAAAAAAACUCACAGCAUCUCUGACGAUAUGUCCAUUUCUCCAUUGCCGAAAUUUUGUGUCAAGACUUCCAAAGAAAAUAAAUUGAAUUACCUGAAGCUCUAAAUGUUCUGUAAACAUCUACACUCCUUUAAGCUGUCAGACAAUGCAAGUUGGGUCAUAAACAAUCCUCUAACAGGUAUUGAAUUAUAAGUUUGACUCUUUGGCAUGGUGAUGAACCACCAGUACCAGUAAACCUAGUUAAUAGAACAGUUUUGGAAAGUAUCUACACAAAGCGAUAAAAUGUGGGCAUCUAUAAACACAGUGUGUUACGGCAUCAUUUAAACCACAUAUCUCUUUCCAAAGAAUCUGCUUUGAUGCAAGUAUUUGAUCGAAGAAAAAAUCGCCAACACCUCUCCGCCUUAACUGGCAUAAAACCAUAUAAAUAUCGAGAGUUGCUCCCUUUUCCCCAUCUUCUAAGUAUUGUUUUUCCAUUUUAACCAAAGGUAUGUACGCAGUUUACAAAAAAAUAUUUUUGUACGUGUGAAAUUACUACGCCAAAUUGAUGUUCUCCUUUGUGUGUAACAACAUUUAUCUCUGUAACUAGACUUUUUUUUUACGACCUAGCUAUUUUUUUAUGAAAUAAUUGUCUUUAUGUAUGAGAAUGAUCGAUUGCCUUUUUUAUGGACUUGUCUUGUAAUCGUAUGAAUGAAUGGAUUCUCUUUAAAUUGUAUAUACCACUAAGCAAUGCAAAUAACAAGAGAUCUCGAUCAACAAUAUUUAAUCUGAAAUAAAAGAAAAAAAUUUUUUAGUGACUAUUAUUCAUUGGUGAAUUUGAUACGGAAAACUGUGUUGUACUGAUGAACUAGACUGUUCGAGUUUAUACUGUGAUUGGCGAGAGAAGUGUUAGAAUUUAUCAAGUGUCUCACAAGAAUAUUACUUCUCGAAUACUGUUAUUACACUCUGACAUGAUUU